GGCUUCGUUCCGGCAUACAAGUGGUUUGCUGAACAUUUUUCGUUCCUUGUACAUAUAGUUUAUCCAGCAAAGUUUAGGUGUAAACAGUUUGGUCGACGUGUAAAUUAAUGAAUAAGUGGACCUAAGUUUUAGUGUAAAAUCAACAUUAAGCGAAAGAUAGUGUUUGGGGAGCGUGCGCGUGUGACAUGUUAGCAUGGCUUCAUCGCAUCUCCAAAUCCGCCCGCCAAUGGGUCUCCUGACGACGGUGGCCGAUUUGCCACCAAGUUAUAAAGCGCAGUACAUCAGUGUCCCAAUCAAACUUACCACCGAUUCACCGCUGGAUUUGACGGUGAAGCAAAGCUUCGUGGGUGCAAUCACACCUCCGCUAACGCCAUCGCCGUUGAAGAAACGCUACCGGGAGGAUAACGACGAAAAUCGUGAUGGGAACCAGGCUAAACAGAUUAAACUCGAAUUGAAGGUGGAAGGGAAAAAGGAAGCCACGCCAGUGAAACCUGUAAAGGUGAACGUGGCUCCAAAGAGUUCCAAAAACCCUCCACCCGUGGCUCCUGUUUCGAAAGAACGCCGUACAAAAGCAUCCAGAAAGUUGAAGUUUGACGAGGAGACGGCUUCGCCGGUAUCCGGCACAGUUAUCAUCUCGAUAGAAGAUGUUAUUAACAGUGAUAUACCCCGGGAAUCCGGCGAUAUUGAUCCUCAGUUCAAUUUGGUGGAAAUAUCUGACGAGGUGCGCGCAGAAUUAGCCACUAUUCCAAAUGUAAUUGGUGCCUAUAAUUGCAAACUUUGUCGGCUCGAAUUUGAAGAUGCAUUUGGACUAGCCCAGCAUCGUUGUGCUUGCAUUGUACUUCUUGAAUACCGCUGUCCGGAAUGCAGUAAGCGGUUCAACUGUCCAGCUAACUUGGCAUCCCAUCGUCGAUGGCAUAAGCCCCGUGAUCAGGUCGCUAAAAAAGGUGAGAGCGACAAACUCAGUGAGGAUUCAGAAUGUAAAUAUCGUUGCGAACAAUGCAACAAAACGUUUAAACGUCCAGCCUAUCUGAAGAAGCAUCUGUUAACGCAUAACAAGUCUAAAAAUAAAUCGAAACAUAAUCAGCUAAGUGCCGAAACCGAAACAAACGCAACAAUCAACUCAGCCACAAACUAUCAUAACAGUGGUGACGAAUCAAAUCACUCUGGAGACAGCGGCAACACAGUCUACGUAAAUCGUGUAACCGAAAUACCGGAAAGCCUGUUUACUGUAGUGGCUAGUGAACCACCCCUUCAACCUGAUAUUGUGCAUUACAAUUACCACUCAAACUCUGGAACAUCGCAACAGUCUUCAACCACCGAACAUAGCGAAGUGGAGGAAGAUGAUGACUACGAGGAGCGUGCCUUGGUAAUAAACGAAGACUAUCAGGAUGAAAUAGAAGAAAUUCGCUCAACCUAUUGUGACCGCUUCACGGAGGAGGAAAACAUUGCCGCAGCAGCACUGGCUCAUCUGCGCAAUGGACCAUCGGUGAUUCGACACACAACUGCUUUAGUUGUCUAAGGAACGUAUACUCGUAAGUCGCCUCUUAUUAGAUGCUUAAGUUCUAUUUUCAAGGUAAACGGUGCUCUACUUCACAAUUCGUCUCGUAUAUAAGCUCUGUAAAUUUUAGCAACAAAAAAUCAGCUUCACACCAAAUAAGACUUAUAUAGGCUACUAAUUACUUUAUGAAAAUAACUGGAGCAAAGCUCACAUAGAUUUAAGCCUCUCGUUUUGACGGAAUAAUUCCUGCUCUUUGAAAUCUAUUUACUUUACAUUUAACGCUGUCCUACUCUAUGCGCUAUCUAUGCUCAAUGCGUUUUUCUCUUUUUUCUGUUCAUGUUUGAAAAUUAUUUUCUAAAUUAACGCAGGAACUUUCGUCCUCCAAACUUGUGUACAUUCGGUUUAAAAUUUUGCAAAAAUUUUAAAUUCACCCAAAGAUGAGUAUCCAUCUAGUCAUUCCCUAACAUUAAGAUUACUUAAUAUAAAGAGCUUAAUAAUAUAUUAACAUUAUUUAUUUGAGACCCUCAUCUCACUACCCAUGUUGAAUCUUUCACAUGAGAACUAUUUCUAGAAAUUUUAGAAAUAAAAUCUCAAACUUGUACAGACACACACACACUAAGAAGACAGAAAGUCAUGUAAGACAAAAUAUUAGUGAGAUUUUUUUUUUGCAUCCGAUCUUAGUUUCGUUGGAACACUACUUUUACAGUAUGCUUUAAGAAUGAUAAAAGCACUAGCGCAGGUUCGGGUUGGCUUUUGCAAUCAAGUGGAAGUUUGUGCCAUAUUACCAUAAAAAACAACGCAAAAUCGAUGCUUAAUAAUGUAGGUUUGUAUACAAGGAGCCUUUCAGCGAGUAGAAUCUAGUCGAUUGCCCUCAAAGCAAAAUGCAAGUCAAAUAAUAUCUAGUCUGAUGCGUAAAGCGAUUCUAAAUCUAGUCAUACACCUCGAUGAAAUUGUUUCAUUCAUUCGAGCGAGAUAGAGAAGCCAAAGUCAGGGUAGAUUAUAAAAUCUAGUCGUGAGUUUUCUGGUCAUUUUUUACUAUUCUAGUCACACCAAUUAGAAGCGAAUGAACUUUUAGUUCAAAGUCUCUAUGAUAAAAAGAAGAAGAAAGGUAGUCACGUCAAACCAAAUGUAUAAUAUAGAUGUAUGUGUAAUUAAGUCGGCUUUCCUUUGAUCUCAUAACAAAAUCUAAAUUGUAAUCUAUUUUUUUUUUCAAAAAUCAUCACUACCUAGUCCCUUAAAAAGCUCUAAGUAUUUUCACCCAAAAACUAGUCCCAAACAUCGAACUUAAUUUAAGUUAAUUUAUUUUAUUUUAUUUAUGUACAUAUAAACAAAUAAUCCACUGCUACAGAAGAGUUCUAUUUGUAAUAAUUAAUGAUUCGAAAAUGUAAUCUAAAUAUUUACGUACAAAUAUAAUUUAAAUAUUUAUUUAUUAUUGAACUUAGAUCGUAACAUACAAAGUAAACGCUGAAAAGAAGUAGAGCACCGCUCGUCAAAUUGUAAAACACGAACAAUCAUAAUCGCUUAGUACUAUAGGAUAUACAAUUGUAACCGAACGGCAGACUAACAGGUACAGUAGAACGUUACAAUGUAAUAACGAAUGAAAUGUGAUAUUAGAUGAGUAAGUUUUUGCAAAAAGGCGAAUCUUUACACUCGUAUUCAUGUUUCAACUUUUUAUCGCGAGAGAACAGUUUCAUAUGCGUUUGAAAUAAAUUUUAAGAAUAGUUGUAAAAUGACACAAAAAAAAGUAUUUUGUACUAUUUAAAGCCUAAGAGUUUGAAAUAAAUUGUUUAUUGACACAAAAACGGAAAAACAAUCUCUUUUAAUUCACCCU